UGCAAUAUGCCUAAAUUACAUUUUUCUUUUUUAGGCAUUAAAUUAAAAGAUAUAAUCAGCCGUACACAAUUGCCUUUCAUAAGGAACCUUCAACAAAGACCUUCACAUGUAGAACCUAAACCGAUAUUCCGAAAACGAAUAAAAAAGGAAAUCCCAGAACCAAGAAAAUCCACCGAAACCCCAGUGUUAAUGGGGAAAUUGAACUCUGGCCUUAUGGGUAUGCCCAGCUCCAAUUCUGAGUCUGAUUGUGAUUCUAUCAUAGAUGCCGUAACUGUUCCAAACAGUGGAACUAGUGAACAGAUUGGAGUGCAAUUGUCUCCAACCCCUUCUGUUCAAAUCAAGCAGGAGAUUAAGAGUGAACCAAUUGAAAUCAAGGAGGAGAUUAUUGAGGUAGUUCAAACAGUACAGCAUCCUCCGACUCCAGUAAUGACAGAAACAGUGCAUCCAGUCAAUAACAUGAUAACCUCAAACUAUGGUGAGAUAACCCCAAUUAAAAUUGAGGAUCUAGAGACCAUAGAUAUCAUGAAUACACCAAUUGAGCUCGAUAAUUCUGAAAUUGAUAUUAUGGAGUUAAGCAUCAAACCUGAGCUAAUGCAAGAGACUCAUGCAAACUUCUUUUCUCUUGUAAGGGAUGUAAUUUGUUCGACAAAUGAGCAUAGAAUGAAUAUGUACACUUUGCAAGAAAGGUUAAAAGCUUGGCAAGAAAAUCCUAUUAGCCCUUUGAAUGAUUGGUAUAGUUAUGUAGAUAACUGGAUAAAUAUUCUGCCUUCUGCUAUAACGUUUCUCUGUGGUAAUGCAUCAGAACAGCCAGAUGAUUUUGUGCCCUAUAUGGAAUAUAAGAUGAACCUUGAUGUGUACCAAUGGAUAGGAGCAGGCAGAGACUCAGAUCAACUACUGAAUAAUUUAUGUACCUUUUGGUUGCAACAUAGGACUGAAAGCAAGAUGACCAAGCCAAUGGAUAUUGAAAUAGACAUUUCAGAUAGGGACAGUACUCCCCCGCCGCCUAGAUGUCCGACAACUUGGACAGUAAGGAAAUCUACAUCGGAGGAAAUUAGGGAUUAUCAGGAACAAGAGAGACGAAGAUAUGAUAACCCCCAUAAGGCCUUCACGUUCCGUUGCAACGGAUACGAAUCCGUUGUCGGUCCUUUAAGAGGCAUCUACUAUCCGGCUACAGCAAACGCUAAAGCCAGAGGUCAUACUAUGCUCAACGCAGAUCGACCCAACUUCGUAACUAUUCUCUCACUAGUUAGAGACGCUACGGCAAGAUUACCAAAUGGCGAAGGGACCAGAUCUGAUAUUUGCGAGCUGCUCAAGUCUUCUCAGUACAUAUCUAGUACCGCUCCCGAUAAUAUUUUACAGUCUGUGGUGUCUGGUGCCUUAGAUAGGAUGCAUACCCAGUGGGAUCCUUGUGUUAAAUAUGAUCAGAAACGAAAAAUCUGGAUCUACCUACAUCGUCAUCGAACUGAAGACGAUUUCGAGCGCAUACACCAACAUUAUCAAGGGAUCCAAAAGGUGCGAAAACCGCCCAGAAAAUCCCCGGCGAAACCGAAAUUGCCCAAAUCGGAAAAACCGGUGAAAACCACGAAGGGGCAAAACCAGAAAGCAGCCGCGUCAAGUAAUGUUACCGCGAGCAAUUCCGUUAGCAGUAAAGCAAGCAGUCCGGUCAACAGUCCUGUCGUUACACAGAAAAUGUUACCACCCGCUGAAAUUAAGCAGGAGAAUGUUCUAAUUAAACAAGAACCGAUUAUGGCAGGGGAGGAUAGUAAGGAAGAAGUGAUGGUUGACGUUAAUGGAGUUCAGGAACCUCUCGAGGCAAUUCAACCGAAAAUACCUGAGCAACAUGAACAACGUCAACCGAUUGCUAAACCUAGCUCCGACGUAAUCACCGUUACGGUACCGCAAAAAGUGGUCAACAAGCGAAGACAGAGCAAUUUUCAAGGUAAAAAAGCCGGAAAUGUGCCAGAAAAAUUGGACGAUAAAAUUUUGUUGGUGCAAACCUCUUCGCCCAACUUAAUCAGUGCUACUCAGAAAGGGACUAGUUUGUUAAUAAGCAAUAAUCCGCCUAGGCAGCAACAACAGCAGCACCAACAACAACAACAUUCUCAGCAAGAGGUAAUAUUAAUUUGUCUUAGAUAUUAAUGAUGUAUAGUAAGA